UUGGCUGGUAAGCCCACCGAUGAAUCUUCCUCAUCUGUGGCGCUAGCAUCAGCGACGACAUCAAAUGUUAUGGACUCCGUCGCAGCUGCUUCCACAAGUACACCCGAAGCCACAGAGGCCAGUGGCAAAAGGAAAUCAUCAAAACGUAAGAAGACCGGUUCUGCGUCUAUUACGGCAUCAUCUGAACCUGAAUCGAGUGGGGCUAAAGCGAAUGAGACUGAACAUGAGAUGGAAACGAACAAAGAAACAGCUCAGAGUUUUAAUAGUCAAUUUGACUUUCAUGCCCAUCAAGGCUUGGCCACGCUUGGUAUAGCUGUUAUUGCAAUGGGCGAGGAAAUCGGCAUCGACAUGGUCUUCAGAAUGUUUGGACACUUACUGCGCUUCGGUGAGACGCCUAUCAAACGAGCUGUUCCCCUUGCUCUCGCUAUGUGCUAUGUGUCCAAUCCUCAGCUUAAUGUUUUAGAUACUUUGAGCAAAUUCAGUCACGAUGCUGAUCCUGAACUUUCAUACAACUCGAUACUUGCCAUGGGCAUCGUUGGAGCUGCGAUUCAGAGCAUCCAACAGUAG